AUGAGGUGCUAUACUUGUUCGUAUGGGAAGAAGAACAGCGACUGCUCAAAGACGGAGGAAUGCAAAAAAGAUGAACAGUCUUGUGAAACCAAGAUUCGUAGAGACAAGGCCGAAAUCAAGAAAUCCUGCAAGAAGACUAAAGACUGCAAGGCCAAGUGUGACAAGAAAGACAAAGAAUGCACUCUCUGUUGUACUGGGGAUCUCUGUAAUAAAGACCAAGGAUACGCCGAAUUUAAAUCCUGGGGAUCUUGGUCGUCCUGUAACAAAAAAUGUGGAGGAGGCAAGCGAAGUAGAACGAGGACUUGUUCAUCUACUGGUGAUGUUCCUUGUUCAGGUGAUACCAAGGAGGAACAAGACUGCAACAAUCAGGCCUGUCCAAUGAGGUGCUAUACUUGUUCGUAUGGGAAGAAGAACAGCGACUGCUCAAAGACGGAGGAAUGCAAAAAGGAUGAACAGUCUUGUGAAACCAAGAUUCGUAGAGACAAGGCCGAAAUCAAGAAAUCCUGCAAGAAGACUAAAGACUGCAAGGCCAAGUGUGACAAGAAAGACAAAGAAUGCACUCUCUGUUGUACUGGGGAUCUCUGUAAUAAAAACCAAGGAUACGCCGAAUUUAAAUCCUGGGGAUCUUGGUCGUCCUGUAACAAACAAUGUGGAGGAGGCAAGCGAAGUAGAACGAGAACUUGUUCAUCUACUGGUGAUGUUCCUUGUUCAGGUGAUACCAAGGAGGAACAAGACUGCAACAACCAGGCCUGUCCUCUAAUGAGAUGUUACACUUGCUCCUAUGGAAAGAAAAAUAGUGACUGCACAAAGAUCGAAACUUGCAAGAAGGAUGAGGAGUCAUGUGAAACCAAAGUUCAUAGAGACAAGGCCGAAAUCAAGAAAAAGUGCAAAAAGACAAAAGACUGCAAGGCCAAGUGUGACAAGAAAGAGAAAGAAUGCACCUUGUGUUGUACAGGGGAUCUGUGUAACAAAAAUCAAGGAUACGCUGAAUUUAAGACCUGGGGACAGUGGUCCUCUUGUAACAAACAAUGUGGAGGAGGGAAACGAACGAGAAGCAGGGAGUGCUCCAAUGGUGAUGUUCCGUGUUCUGGAGAUACAAGAGAAGAGCAAGACUGCAACAAACAGCCCUGUUCCGCACCAGCUCAAAUGAGAUGUUACACUUGCUCCUAUGGAAAGAAAAACAGUGACUGCACAAAGAUCGAAACUUGCAAGAAGGAUGAAGAGUCAUGUGAAACCCAAGUUCAUAGAGACAAGACGGAAAUCAAGAAAAAGUGCAAAAAGACUAAAGACUGCAAGGCCAAGUGUGACAAGAAAGACAAAGAAUGCACCUUCUGUUGUACUGGAGAUCUGUGUAACAAAAACCAAGGGUACGCUGAAUUUAAGACCUGGGGACAAUGGUCUUCUUGUAGCAAACAGUGUGGAGGAGGGAAACGAAAGAGAAGCAGGGAGUGUUCUUCUAGCGAUAUUCCAUGUACUGGGGAUCAAUCAGAAGAACAAGACUGUAAUCUACAAUCCUGUUCUACAUCAGUUUGUGUUGGAGAUUGUAAAGGCUUGAAGAAUGGAGAUUACCAGUCCUGUUCCACAUGUAAAGGAUUUGUUAAAUGCUCAAACUCAAGAUUGUACAAUUUCCAAUGUCCUGGAACCACUGUGUGGGAUGACAAAUCAAAGAGAUGUGAAUGGACCUCAACGACUUGUAAAUCGGCUCCAGCUCAAAUGAGAUGUUACACUUGUUCUUAUGGAAAGAAAAAUAGUGACUGCACAAAGAUCGAAACUUGCAAGAAGGAUGAGGAGUCAUGUGAAACCCAAGUUCAUAGAGACAAGGCUGAAAUCAAGAAAAAGUGCAAAAAGACGAAAGACUGCAAGGCCAAAUGUGACAAGAAAGAAAAAGAAUGCACCUUGUGUUGUACAGGGGAUCUGUGUAACAAAAAUCAAGGAUACGCUGAAUUUAAGACCUGGGGACAGUGGUCCUCUUGCAGCAAACAAUGUGGAGGAGGGAAACGAACGAGAAGCAGGGAGUGCUCCAAUGGUGAUGUUCCGUGUUCUGGAGAUACAAGAGAAGAGCAAGACUGCAACAAACAGACCUGUUCUGCACCAGCUCAAAUGCGAUGUUACACUUGCUCCUAUGGAAAGAAAAAUAGUGACUGCACAAAGAUCGAAACUUGCAAGAAGGAUGAGGAGUCAUGUGAAACCCAAGUUCAUAGAGACAAGGCUGAAAUCAAGAAAAAGUGCAAAAAGACGAAAGACUGCAAGGCCAAGUGUGACAAGAAAGAAAAAGAAUGCACCUUGUGUUGUACAGGGGAUCUGUGUAACAAAAAUCAAGGAUACGCUGAAUUUAAGACCUGGGGACAGUGGUCCUCUUGUAGCAAACAAUGUGGAGGAGGGAAACGAACGAGAAGCAGGGAGUGCUCCAAUGGUGAUGUUCCGUGUUCUGGAGAUACAAGAGAAGAGCAAGACUGCAACAAACAGACCUGUUCUGCACCAGCUCAAAUGCGAUGUUACACUUGCUCCUAUGGAAAGAAAAAUAGUGACUGCACAAAGAUCGAAACUUGCAAGAAGGAUGAGGAGUCUUGUGAAACCCAAGUUCAUAGAGACAAGGCCGAAAUCAAGAAAAAGUGCAAAAAGACUAAAGACUGCAAGGCCAAGUGUGACAAGAAAGACAAAGAAUGCACCUUGUGUUGUACUGGAGAUCUGUGUAACAAAAACCAAGGGUACGCUGAAUUUAAGACCUGGGGACAAUGGUCUUCUUGUAGCAAACAGUGUGGAGGAGGGAAACGAAAGAGAAGCAGGGAGUGUUCUUCUAGCGAUAUUCCAUGUACUGGAGAUCAAUCAGAAGAACAAGACUGUAAUCCACAAUCCUGUUCUACAUCAGUUUGUGUUGGAGAUUGUAAAGGCUUGAAGAAUGGAGAUUACCAGUCCUGUUCCACAUGUAAAGGAUUUGUUAAAUGCUCAAACUCAAGAUUGUACAAUUUCCAAUGUCCUGGAACCACUGUGUGGGAUGACAAAUCAAAGAGAUGUGAAUGGACCUCAACGACUUGUAAAUCGGCUCCAGCUCAAAUGAGAUGUUACACUUGUUCUUAUGGAAAGAAAAAUAGUGACUGCACAAAGAUCGAAACUUGCAAGAAGGAUGAGGAGUCAUGUGAAACCCAAGUUCAUAGAGACAAGGCUGAAAUCAAGAAAAAGUGCAAAAAGACGAAAGACUGCAAGGCCAAAUGUGACAAGAAAGAAAAAGAAUGCACCUUGUGUUGUACAGGGGAUCUGUGUAACAAAAAUCAAGGAUACGCUGAAUUUAAGACCUGGGGACAGUGGUCCUCUUGCAGCAAACAAUGUGGAGGAGGGAAACGAACGAGAAGCAGGGAGUGCUCCAAUGGUGAUGUUCCGUGUUCUGGAGAUACAAGAGAAGAGCAAGACUGCAACAAACAGACCUGUUCUGCACCAGCUCAAAUGCGAUGUUACACUUGCUCCUAUGGAAAGAAAAAUAGUGACUGCACAAAGAUCGAAACUUGCAAGAAGGAUGAGGAGUCAUGUGAAACCCAAGUUCAUAGAGACAAGGCUGAAAUCAAGAAAAAGUGCAAAAAGACGAAAGACUGCAAGGCCAAGUGUGACAAGAAAGAAAAAGAAUGCACCUUGUGUUGUACAGGGGAUCUGUGUAACAAAAAUCAAGGAUACGCUGAAUUUAAGACCUGGGGACAGUGGUCCUCUUGUAGCAAACAAUGUGGAGGAGGGAAACGAACGAGAAGCAGGGAGUGCUCCAAUGGUGAUGUUCCGUGUUCUGGAGAUACAAGAGAAGAGCAAGACUGCAACAAACAGACCUGUUCUGCACCAGCUCAAAUGCGAUGUUACACUUGCUCCUAUGGAAAGAAAAAUAGUGACUGCACAAAGAUCGAAACUUGCAAGAAGGAUGAGGAGUCUUGUGAAACCCAAGUUCAUAGAGACAAGGCCGAAAUCAAGAAAAAGUGCAAAAAGACUAAAGACUGCAAGGCCAAGUGUGACAAGAAAGACAAAGAAUGCACCUUGUGUUGUACUGGAGAUCUGUGUAACAAAAACCAAGGGUACGCUGAAUUUAAGACCUGGGGACAAUGGUCUUCUUGUAGCAAACAGUGUGGAGGAGGGAAACGAAAGAGAAGCAGGGAGUGUUCUUCUAGCGAUAUUCCAUGUACUGGAGAUCAAUCAGAAGAACAAGACUGUAAUCCACAAUCCUGUUCUACAUCAGUUUGUGUUGGAGAUUGUAAAGGCUUGAAGAAUGGAGAUUACCAGUCCUGUUCCACAUGUAAAGGAUUUGUUAAAUGCUCAAACUCAAGAUUGUACAAUUUCCAAUGUCCUGGAACCACUGUGUGGGAUGACAAAUCAAAGAGAUGUGAAUGGACCUCAACGACUUGUAAAUCGGCUCCAGCUCAAAUGAGAUGUUACACUUGUUCUUAUGGAAAGAAAAAUAGUGACUGCACAAAGAUCGAAACUUGCAAGAAGGAUGAGGAGUCAUGUGAAACCCAAGUUCAUAGAGACAAGGCUGAAAUCAAGAAAAAGUGCAAAAAGACGAAAGACUGCAAGGCCAAAUGUGACAAGAAAGAAAAAGAAUGCACCUUGUGUUGUACAGGGGAUCUGUGUAACAAAAAUCAAGGAUACGCUGAAUUUAAGACCUGGGGACAGUGGUCCUCUUGCAGCAAACAAUGUGGAGGAGGGAAACGAACGAGAAGCAGGGAGUGCUCCAAUGGUGAUGUUCCGUGUUCUGGAGAUACAAGAGAAGAGCAAGACUGCAACAAACAGACCUGUUCUGCACCAGCUCAAAUGCGAUGUUACACUUGCUCCUAUGGAAAGAAAAAUAGUGACUGCACAAAGAUCGAAACUUGCAAGAAGGAUGAGGAGUCAUGUGAAACCCAAGUUCAUAGAGACAAGGCUGAAAUCAAGAAAAAGUGCAAAAAGACGAAAGACUGCAAGGCCAAGUGUGACAAGAAAGAAAAAGAAUGCACCUUGUGUUGUACAGGGGAUCUGUGUAACAAAAAUCAAGGAUACGCUGAAUUUAAGACCUGGGGACAGUGGUCCUCUUGUAGCAAACAAUGUGGAGGAGGGAAACGAACGAGAAGCAGGGAGUGCUCCAAUGGUGAUGUUCCGUGUUCUGGAGAUACAAGAGAAGAGCAAGACUGCAACAAACAGACCUGUUCUGCACCAGCUCAAAUGCGAUGUUACACUUGCUCCUAUGGAAAGAAAAAUAGUGACUGCACAAAGAUCGAAACUUGCAAGAAGGAUGAGGAGUCUUGUGAAACCCAAGUUCAUAGAGACAAGGCCGAAAUCAAGAAAAAGUGCAAAAAGACUAAAGACUGCAAGGCCAAGUGUGACAAGAAAGACAAAGAAUGCACCUUGUGUUGUACUGGAGAUCUGUGUAACAAAAACCAAGGGUACGCUGAAUUUAAGACCUGGGGACAAUGGUCUUCUUGUAGCAAACAGUGUGGAGGAGGGAAACGAAAGAGAAGCAGGGAGUGUUCUUCUAGCGAUAUUCCAUGUACUGGAGAUCAAUCAGAAGAACAAGACUGUAAUCCACAAUCCUGUUCUACAUCAGUUUGUGUUGGAGAUUGUAAAGGCUUGAAGAAUGGAGAUUAUCAGUCCUGUUCCACAUGUAAAGGAUUUGUUAAAUGCUCAAACUCAAGAUUGUACAAUUUCCAAUGUCCUGGAACCACUGUGUGGGAUGACAAAUCAAAGAGAUGUGAAUGGACCUCAACGACUUGUAAAUCGGCUCCAGCUCAAAUGAGAUGUUACACUUGUUCUUAUGGAAAGAAAAAUAGUGACUGCACAAAGAUCGAAACUUGCAAGAAGGAUGAGGAGUCAUGUGAAACCCAAGUUCAUAGAGACAAGGCUGAAAUCAAGAAAAAGUGCAAAAAGACGAAAGACUGCAAGGCCAAGUGUGACAAGAAAGAAAAAGAAUGCACCUUGUGUUGUACAGGGGAUCUGUGUAACAAAAAUCAAGGAUACGCUGAAUUUAAGACCUGGGGACAGUGGUCCUCUUGUAGCAAACAAUGUGGAGGAGGGAAACGAACGAGAAGCAGGGAGUGCUCCAAUGGUGAUGUUCCGUGUUCUGGAGAUACAAGAGAAGAGCAAGACUGCAACAAACAGACCUGUUCUGCACCAGCUCAAAUGCGAUGUUACACUUGCUCCUAUGGAAAGAAAAAUAGUGACUGCACAAAGAUCGAAACUUGCAAGAAGGAUGAGGAGUCUUGUGAAACCCAAGUUCAUAGAGACAAGGCCGAAAUCAAGAAAAAGUGCAAAAAGACUAAAGACUGCAAGGCCAAGUGUGACAAGAAAGACAAAGAAUGCACCUUGUGUUGUACUGGAGAUCUGUGUAACAAAAACCAAGGGUACGCUGAAUUUAAGACCUGGGGACAAUGGUCUUCUUGUAGCAAACAGUGUGGAGGAGGGAAACGAAAGAGAAGCAGGGAGUGUUCUUCUAGCGAUAUUCCAUGUACUGGAGAUCAAUCAGAAGAACAAGACUGUAAUCCACAAUCCUGUUCUACAUCAGUUUGUGUUGGAGAUUGUAAAGGCUUGAAGAAUGGAGAUUACCAGUCCUGUUCCACAUGUAAAGGAUUUGUUAAAUGCUCAAACUCAAGAUUGUACAAUUUCCAAUGUCCUGGAACCACUGUGUGGGAUGACAAAUCAAAGAGAUGUGAAUGGACCUCAACGACUUGUAAAUCGGCUCCAGCUCAAAUGAGAUGUUACACUUGUUCUUAUGGAAAGAAAAAUAGUGACUGCACAAAGAUCGAAACUUGCAAGAAGGAUGAGGAGUCAUGUGAAACCCAAGUUCAUAGAGACAAGGCUGAAAUCAAGAAAAAGUGCAAAAAGACGAAAGACUGCAAGGCCAAAUGUGACAAGAAAGAAAAAGAAUGCACCUUGUGUUGUACAGGGGAUCUGUGUAACAAAAAUCAAGGAUACGCUGAAUUUAAGACCUGGGGACAGUGGUCCUCUUGCAGCAAACAAUGUGGAGGAGGGAAACGAACGAGAAGCAGGGAGUGCUCCAAUGGUGAUGUUCCGUGUUCUGGAGAUACAAGAGAAGAGCAAGACUGCAACAAACAGACCUGUUCUGCACCAGCUCAAAUGCGAUGUUACACUUGCUCCUAUGGAAAGAAAAAUAGUGACUGCACAAAGAUCGAAACUUGCAAGAAGGAUGAGGAGUCAUGUGAAACCCAAGUUCAUAGAGACAAGGCUGAAAUCAAGAAAAAGUGCAAAAAGACGAAAGACUGCAAGGCCAAGUGUGACAAGAAAGAAAAAGAAUGCACCUUGUGUUGUACAGGGGAUCUGUGUAACAAAAAUCAAGGAUACGCUGAAUUUAAGACCUGGGGACAGUGGUCCUCUUGUAGCAAACAAUGUGGAGGAGGGAAACGAACGAGAAGCAGGGAGUGCUCCAAUGGUGAUGUUCCGUGUUCUGGAGAUACAAGAGAAGAGCAAGACUGCAACAAACAGACCUGUUCUGCACCAGCUCAAAUGCGAUGUUACACUUGCUCCUAUGGAAAGAAAAAUAGUGACUGCACAAAGAUCGAAACUUGCAAGAAGGAUGAGGAGUCUUGUGAAACCCAAGUUCAUAGAGACAAGGCCGAAAUCAAGAAAAAGUGCAAAAAGACUAAAGACUGCAAGGCCAAGUGUGACAAGAAAGACAAAGAAUGCACCUUGUGUUGUACUGGAGAUCUGUGUAACAAAAACCAAGGGUACGCUGAAUUUAAGACCUGGGGACAAUGGUCUUCUUGUAGCAAACAGUGUGGAGGAGGGAAACGAAAGAGAAGCAGGGAGUGUUCUUCUAGCGAUAUUCCAUGUACUGGAGAUCAAUCAGAAGAACAAGACUGUAAUCCACAAUCCUGUUCUACAUCAGUUUGUGUUGGAGAUUGUAAAGGCUUGAAGAAUGGAGAUUACCAGUCCUGUUCCACAUGUAAAGGAUUUGUUAAAUGCUCAAACUCAAGAUUGUACAAUUUCCAAUGUCCUGGAACCACUGUGUGGGAUGACAAAUCAAAGAGAUGUGAAUGGACCUCAACGACUUGUAAAUCGGCUCCAGCUCAAAUGAGAUGUUACACUUGUUCUUUUGGAAAGAAAAAUAGUGACUGCACAAAGAUCGAAACUUGCAAGAAGGAUGAGGAGUCAUGUGAAACCCAAGUUCAUAGAGACAAGGCUGAAAUCAAGAAAACGUGCAAAAAGACGAAAGACUGCAAGGCCAAGUGUGACAAGAAAGAAAAAGAAUGCACCUUGUGUUGUACAGGGGAUCUGUGUAACAAAAAUCAAGGAUACGCUGAAUUUAAGACCUGGGGACAGUGGUCCUCUUGUAGCAAACAAUGUGGAGGAGGGAAACGAACGAGAAGCAGGGAGUGCUCCAAUGGUGAUGUUCCGUGUUCUGGAGAUACAAGAGAAGAGCAAGACUGCAACAAACAGACCUGUUCUGCACCAGGUUUGAUUUAUUGGUUUCUGAUCUUAAUGUCAAUGAGGAGUAAAAAGUACAUUAUGAAAUAUCAAAUUGCAUUUCAUACUUUGUCUGAGAUCAUUGUAUUAUUUAACUAUGAAAUACAUGUGGAAUAA